AUGUUACUGAUGUGCUUUGCAGGCUGCUACCGCAACUGCCCCUCUUCAACCUCGGGCUGUAUCACAGGCUGCUACCGCAACUGCCCCUCUUCAACCUCGGGCUGUAUCACAGGCUGCUACCGCAACAGCCCCUCUUCAACCUCGGGCUGUAUCACAGGCUGCUACCGCAACUGCCCCUCUUCAACCUCGGGCUGUAUCACAGGCUGCUACCGCAACUGCCCCUCUUCAACCUCGGGCUGUAUCACAGGCUGCUACCGCAACAGCCCCUCUUCAACCUCGGGCUGUAUCACAGGCUGCUACCGCAACAGCCCCUCUUCAACCUCGGGCUGUAUCACAGGCUGCUACCGCAACAGCCCCUCUUCAACCUCGGGCUGUAUCACAGGCUGCUACCGCAACAGCCCCUCUUCAACCUCGGGCUGUAUCACAGGCUGCUACCGCAACAGCCCCUCUUCAACCUCGGGCUGUAUCACAGGCUGCUACCGCAACUGCCCCUCUUCAACCUCGGGCUGUAUCACAGGCUGCUACCGCACCAUCCGCAACCGUAGGGCUCUCCAGAGGGUGGUACGGCCUGCCCAACAUACCCAGGACGUCUACAACCCCAAAUGCUUCGCUAUCUGCUACCCAGAGCCAAAACUCAUCUGCUGA